UUUACUUUCUGACAUUUCAGUUUGUCAACACGUGCUGCUGUAAUAAAUUCAAAAAUAUCUCGAUUCUCUCACAUCAGUUAUCGUAUUAUUUCCUAGAUAGAAACGCAGGACUCUUGGGAAGCACAAUGCCAAUGCCGACCGGCUCGUUCUCUCAUCAAGGACCCACAUGUUUUGAUAGGAUGAAAACUGGUUUCAUCAUUGGAUUCUGUGUGGGUAUGGCCAGUGGAGCUCUACUCGGAGGAUUCUCAGCUCUUCGAUAUGGAUUACGUGGACGUGAACUGAUCAACAAUGUGGGCAAAGUGAUGGUUCAAGGUGGUGGCACUUUUGGGACUUUUAUGGCCAUUGGAACGGGUAUUCGUUGUUGACCACAAUGCUGAUCCCACUCUUUCGAGAAACUCUCUUAUUUAACUAUUAUUUUAGUUCAAAUUAACUUGUUAUUGCAAAUAGAUAGAUAAAUACAUAAGUAAAGUUUGUCAACUUUAAA